AUGGAGCCCACGGCGGACGAGACUCCAACGGAAGAGGAGAUGCAAACCCUCCGCCGUGUUCCCGACAAGAUUCCGCUGCGUGUCUACAGCAUCGCCUAUGUCGAGAUGGUGGAGCGGCUGUCCUACUACGGCUGUACCAACAUCUUUGUCAACUUCAUCCAGCAGCCUCGCCCCACUCCCACCGGUGCCGCGUUGCACCCCAACUCUGCUCAAGCGCAGCCUGGCGCGCUGGGCUUAGGCCAGCAGACGUCCACGGGGCUCACAACCUUCAAUUCUUUCUGGAAUUACUUCACCCCUCUUUUCGGGGCCUUUGUCGCAGAUACCUAUCUCGGUCGCUUCCGCACCAUCUGGAUCUGUGUCAUUAUUGCCAUCAUCGGUCAUAUCAUCUUGGUGAUUUCCGCCAUUCCGCAAGUCAUUUCGAGCCCUGACUCUGCCAUUGGAGUUUUUGCCGUUGGCAUCAUUAUCAUGGGAAUCGGAACUGGUGGCUUCAAACCAAAUAUCUCUCCCCUCAUCGCCGAGCAAGUCAAGUUCCACAAAAUGUACAUCAGGAAACUGCCUUCUGGCGAGCGAGUGAUUGUCGACCACGCCGCGACCAUUUCCCGAAUCUAUAACUGGUUUUACCUUUUCAUCAACGUCGGUGCUCUCGUUGGCCAGAUUAGCAUGGCUUAUGUCGAGCGCUAUGUUGGCUUUUGGGUGGCCUUCUUGAUUCCCACCUGCAUCCACUGCACCUCACUUGCCGUUCUGUUCUUUUGCAAGCGCAUUUACAACCUUCGUCCUCCUGAGGGCAGUGUACUGGGCCCGGCGGUCAAGCUCCUGCUGCGCGGUAUCGCGGUCAAUUGGCACGCGAAUCCAAUCAACACCAUCAAAGCCAUCAACAACGGCCAGUUUUGGCAAAAUCUCAAACCCUCUCGCUAUGAUCCUGCGACCCGGCCGGCGUGGAUGACCUUCGAUGACGCCUGGGUGGACGAAGUGCGUCGUGGAUGGAAAGCGUGCAGUGUCUUCCUGUGGCUGCCACUGUACUGGCUCACGUACAACCAGCUCACCAACAACCUCACCUCGCAGGCCGCCACCAUGAGCCUCCACGGAGUCCCCAACGAUGUCAUUGCAAACCUCGACCCGUUCGCACUCAUCAUCUUCAUCCCCAUCUGCGAUCUGUUCAUCUACCCAGCGCUCCGCAAGGCUGGCUACCACUUCACUCCCAUCAAAAAGAUCACCGCCGGGUUUGCAUGUGGCUGUUUCGCCAUGAUCUGGGCCGCUGUCAUUCAGCUCUACAUCUACCGUACCUCUCCCUGCGGAAACCAAGCGAGUGACCCCGACUGCGCCCCGUCUCCCAUCAACGUAUGGGCACAGACGGGCUCGUACGUGCUCAUUGCCUUUUCCGAAAUCUUCGCCUCCAUCACCUCGCUGGAAUACGGUUUCUCCAAGGCCCCCAAGAACAUGCGUUCGCUCGUCGCCGCCUUCGCUCUGUUCAUGUCUGCCGUUGCCUCUGCGCUGGGAGAAGCAUGGCUGCCGUUGCUCGUCGACCCUCUCAUUACGUGGAACUACGGCUCCGUGGGUAUCAUUGCGGGCGUCGCUGCCAUCUUAUUCUGGCUCUCCUACCGCAGCCUCGAUCGCGAGGAAGAUGAUCUCAAUCAGCUCGACACUGGCCAUAUGAACGUUAGCUCGUACACGCAGGACGUCGAGAGGAAUCUCUCCGUUGCCGCUCCAGACCACGAGAAGGAGGCUCUUGAGCACAAGGUGGCGAUUGAGGAUGGCGUUGGUACCGCUGGCCCGCUUCUUGUCCACGGCGAGAAGAAGUGA